CUCCGCUGUACAAUCAUCCGGUGUGAAACAAGCUGAGACCAGUUGAACCCUGUCACAGUGAAUAAACCGGAGAUGGCGCUUCGAGCCUGUGGCUUUAUAGUGUUUCGACGUCUGGCCAGCUGUAUCCCCCCCAGAGACAACAUCGAGUACCUCCUGCUGCAGACCUCUUAUGGGGAACACCACUGGACCCCACCUAAAGGCCAUGUGGACCCAGGUGAGGACGACCUCACCACUGCCCUGAGAGAGACCAAAGAAGAGGCGGGGCUGGGAGCAGAGCACCUGCAGGUGAUUGAUGGCUUUGUGCAGGAACUGCACUACAAGGUACGAGGCAGACCCAAGGAGGUGUUGUAUUGGCUAGCUGAGCUCAGAGACCCAGGGACAGCAGUGACUUUGUCUGAUGAGCACCAAGAUUACCGCUGGGCUCAGCUGGAGGAGGCCUGUGCUCUGGCCCAGUACAAAGACCUGCAGGACACACUGAGAGCAGCGCACAGACACUUACAGGCCCGGCAGGACAAACAGUGAUGUGACAGGAUAGAGGGGUAUGUAUAGAGGGGAUGAAUCAAUGGGAAAUAACUGUCAACUGGCAUGUGGAACUUAUUUUGGCACCCAGUGUGUGAAAGUACUGCUUUUAAUUUAUGCAAUAUAAUGAUUCUGACUCUU